UCAUAGUAAUCGACAACCGAUAGGACGCGCGUGUUUUUUUUGCCGGUGUCCGUAUAUGUGUUUUUUUUAAGGAUAAUUUUGAUUUAAACUAUAAUUCAAGAUGAACAGCCACACAAAUAUGAGUUAUAGAGAAGUCAUACCGAAAAACAUGAAUCCAGAGGAAUGGAUAGAAGUCGAAAUAAAUACAGGCACACAAAGUACGUUGCAGGACAUAAAGACAUUCGGAAAGUCAGGAAGCCUGUGCUACGAUUGUCACGCAAACAGCCAAAACAGGAAUCGUUUCAUUUACUGGCGUACAUAUCAAGAUGUCUUGGAGCUGUCAGAGGUUAGCCUGGAUAUUACAUUGCUGCGAAACCAUCUGCGUCUACGCUUUACGGACUCCGCCGUGCUAAAUGUCUCGCUGUCCGAGCAGGCAAAUAGCGUCACAUUGUUAGUGGUCACAGUUAGCAGCGUGCAUCGAAUUCUGUUCCCAUUACGAGGCGAUCCAUCAUUAAGCGCAACAGCAGGAGGCGAUUCGCAAACACAUUCAAUAUUUUACGAUGCGAAUGAAAAACUGAAGGAUCGCAGCAUGUUGUAUGUGCUGGAUGGGACCAUGGCAAUAAGUGUGCCGCAUCUCGCAUCUUCCGAGAUGUGUGAAGAUAGCGAGGAGGCAUAUUUUGCGGUCGACAACCAUUCAAAACUAAUGCUUUACAUUAUGAACUGUCGCACUGGACAUACGAUUUCGCAUGAGGUGAAGGAGCCCAAUUUAAUGCCACGUUUCUUAUCCAACUUAAAAGGCGCUAUAACUGGACGAGGUGAAAACUUGGAGGCAGCCAUUUCCAUGGCAUUCAGUCGCAUCGAGGGCGAGAUGUAUCUCCUGGUGCUCUACCGGGAUAAUAAGCUACGGUUGUGGUCAGUGGCCAAUUUUCAAUGCGUUGCCCUACUUAGCUGUGAAGAAUCUGAAGGACCUCAGGGUCCGCAAAAUAGUUUACUGCGUAAAAUAGAUGAUCACAAUUUUUGUGUAUUUUUGUCGCAUGAAAAGGACGCUGAAUUCGUCUGCCUUAGCAUUGCACGCAAUGUAAGCGAUGUGAACACAAAAACUAUAAGCAUGACCGUGCAUCAUAAGGUUACUGCUCCUCAAAUGGAUCUGGCUGAUUUCGAUGCAACGUCCUCACUCAUUUGGACGCUGUGGAGCAAUUCAGAGGGUGAUUUCAAUGUGUCGGCGUUUUUCAUGGGCACCACGAAUAUUCAUUGGGUAUCGGCUGCAUUGGAGCCACCACCGGACAGGUAUUGCUUGACCAUUGAACAGGGUGUCGAUCCACGCGAGGCGCACUGCUCCUAUAUAUUUCAUCCCGGCCGAUUUGAUCGUAAUGUGAUUGCCAAGGCACUUUAUAUGUUCAGACGCGUCAACAUGCAAUUCGAUGUGAAGCAACUGACAAUGGCCAUGCUUAAGGAGCAGGUGUGUCAGGCUGUCGAAGAUGAGAUACAAAAUGAGUUGAAAGACUUCGAUGUGAGCGACGAGGAGUAUUUAGAGAUUGCAAACAAACUCUGGGAACGCUUCUACUCUUGCUGUGAGCAGUAUCAUAUUAAGUUCUCUGAGCCCACGGGCCUGGCCGUUCUCGGCGACAUGAAUGCUGUUUGCAUUGUGAGGAGACAAUCAUUUGCUUUGCUUCGGCCAUGUGAAAUGCUGGAACACCUUAUGAUUCUCGGUGAGCACGAAGAACAAGUGGCUGCAUUUGUUGCACCUUUUUGCCGCAAUGACUCCAAUAUGGCUGUGGGAUUCAUUGACGUAAUGACCAUCAUCAGUCAGUUGGAAAAGUUUCUACCCGGACAUAUUAAAAUGAAUAUUGAUCAGAAAUUGUACCAGCGGGAUACAAGCCUGAUUAACAAACUGCUAAUGCGAAUCACCGGAGGCGAUGAAGACGCUAAUGGAUUUACGUUGUCAAGCCAAUGUGUGAUUGAUAUCCAGAGAAAGCUAAGGACAAUAGUAGACCUUGAUGCGGCCAUAAAUAUGCUACUCGAUUUCCUUGCAAUUGUAGACCAAGACGCAGAUCAAGAUCCCACAGGUGGCCCUACAAAGUCGACGCGCUUUCUGCAAUCAACUGGAGCAUUGUUUGGCAGCGAAUAUGGCAUUUCCAUUCUAGCCGAGUCAGUCAAGCAAAUGGCAAUGAUACGCUUUGCUGUGUGCCGCAAUCUUUUAAUUUUACAAUACAUAAUCCAUCGAUCAGCUGCGGCUGAGCAGUACUCAGUCGUUACCAAUAUUAAUUUCUUGAACUCCUAUUAUACACUCGUGUGGAUCUGUGAAACACCGAUUUCCCUCAAUGCGCCAGUUAAUUUUGAGGUCUCAAUACAGCGUCUGUUUCGAGCACAACUCUUUAGUGGUUAUACGCGACCUUAUUCAAGUCAAAUGCGUUUAAAUAGUCAGACAACUUUGCUGUGCUUGUUUCUGCAAUCAAAGGGUUUGUUUAGUGCUCUUUCAAUGCUGCUAAAGGAUCAGAAUCAGUUGGAGGAUCAAUUAUCAAUGCGACAGACGCUGCUACAGCUGGUUGGAUUUGUCAAUCAGAUGCUUUGGCCCGAUGCUUGGAAUGAUGUAUUCCCUGAGUGGCUUUUUGGAACUUGCCAUCACAUUAUUAUUCAGGACUAUGUGCGCCUAUUGUCUGGCUGGUGCACCGAGAAAACUGAUUCACGCCGAUUUAUGUUGGCCGUUUCUCAACUGGAUUGUGGGGAACCGAUAAAAGCGAUUCAUCUCUUUAAACAAGUUGCCGACAGCGUGCUAAAGGAACCAUUUUUAUUUGAGCAAGUGCUGAAAAACACACCGCUCUAUUCUAAGCUUGCAAGCAUUUUUAACCAGCCGGACAGUAAGCCAACAGAAGAGGAUGCCAAAAAUGCUUUUGUGCAUUAUUAUCUGAAAGUUAUACAAUUAUUCGAGCAGAAUUCGGCAUCGGAUUAUAUCAUUCAAUUGGCUGAAAGUGCAAUGAGCAAACUGGAUGUCGAGGACCCACAGUUGCCCAUGUUUCAAUCGAUAGUAUUUAACAAUCAUUUGCAACUGGGCCAUUAUGAGGAAGCCUAUCACGCUCUGGCCAAUAAUGCUGAUACGUCGCGACGCAAGGAUUGCCUGCGUCAAUUGGUCAUAAUGUUGUUUCAGUGCAAUCGAUUCGAUCUGCUCAUGGAGCCGCCGUAUGAAAAUAACUUGCAAGACGAGUUCGAGAGCAUUGUGGAAUGUCGCGCUCGUUCCCUGAGCAUCGAUCAGAAUGAAGUCUAUAAUUUUCUGUAUGCAUUCAAUGCCAAAAAAGGAAAUAUGCGCAAAGCUGCCACUGUUAUGUACGAACAAGCGAUGCGCCUCCAGGUAGACAGCGAAUCGCCCGAUGCUCUGCAGAAGCGCUUCAACUCACUGCUGGUUUGCGUUAAUUGCUUGUAUUUGGUCGAUGAGCGAUAUAGAUGGAUUGCAAAGCCCACAAUUGGUGACGAGAAAAUUGUCAUCGACCAGGAGGAUCAAGCGGAUGAACUUACUAGCCAAGAAGUCGUUGUACUCGAACUAGUCGAUAUACGACGUGAACUGCUGCACGCAGAGGCGCUGAGGGAACUGUCUCACCAUCGCAAAGAUAUAAGUGCCUAUAAGCUGACAGAUGCUAAAGAACUUUCCUACCUUUUGGCCACCUGCGGCCUGUAUACAGCGGCACUAAAGCUUGCUCGCGGAAAUAAUUUCUCUAUGCUGCCAAUAUUUGAAAGCCUGACAGCUGCAUGCGUAAGCAUCACAGAGGAGAAAUCUAAGGAUGCUUGGGCUUGGCUGCAAAUCAAUGAUUUGGCAGAUCUUCCACAUCGCAACAAUGCAGCGCACAUGGCUUGGUCAUUGCUGCAGAAGUUGAUUGUUGACCAUGAGCUCAAUGAAACAACUUCAAUACGCAAGAGCGUUGUUAACCGAAUACUAACAUUGAGUGCAACUGUGCCACAAUGGUUGCACAAUUCCUACAAAUUGGCCAACACACGGGAGCUGCUCCAUCUCUAUGUUAAGCACAACCAUUUGCUCGAUGCCGCCGAUUUGGCAUGUGAAAUGAUUGGCGGCAUGCUGGGCGCAGGCAGUGAAUACUUUGAUUUCAAGCAUUCGGUGAAUGUUGCAAGUCCACAACUCGCAUUUCCCGUCCAUACAAUUGAUCUGCUGUUGCAUGGCCUGAAAGUCAAUGGUGUCAAGCACACUGAAUACGAAAUGAUGCGUAUCAAGCUGGAGGACGAAGUCGCAAGAUACGUUGAGACUGUGCAGCGCACAACAGAGGACAAAAUGAAAUUAGCCAUACUCAAGGAAAGGGAAAACAAACAACAACAGCAACAACAGUUCGAUUAGGCGCUUUUCAUUUAUUAUUGUGUAGGCUCAUUAAAAAAACAAAUAAACUAAUAUAUUUUUAUCAAUGUAAGAGCAGCU